GACAAGGUUCUUCAUUCUGAGGACAAGGUUCCUCACUCUGAGGACAAGGUUCUUCGCUCUGAAGACAAAGUUCUUCACUCUGAGGACAAGGUUCUUCACUCUGAUGACAAUGUUCUUCAUUCUGAGGAAAAGGUUCCUCACUCUGAGGACAAGGUUCUUCGCUCUGAGGACAAGGUUCUUCACUCUGAGGACAAGGUUCUUCACUCUGAGGACAAGGUUCUUCACUCUGAGGUCUAG